AGAAGGCGACGAAGAAGAGAAGAAGAGGAGGCGAAGAGUAGACAGAAGCGUUUCCUUGCUUUUACUCCUGACCGGCGCUUGAGUCUCCCUCCCGGCGCCACACUUGUCUUAGCCGUCACUUUCAGCAUGCCUCUCAGAAGGUACCCGCCGGAAAUCUUCAGUUCAGCCCUCAGGAAUGCCACUACAGCUAGUAUGGCCGUCUCGAUUCCUUUAACAGUAAGCUUCGAUACCCUGGGCGUGACAUCAGAUUUCAACCGCUUUGGAAUAUUUGGCCUUGUCCGACGGAGGCGUAGGAGGAGGAGGCGAGCUGCUGCCGGGGCGAAGAUAGGCAAUGACAUCGUGGAAUCUGGAGGGGAGAGACCAGCUAUGUAUGCAGCCCUGGAGGACAUCUUGGCGCGUAUUGGUCUACCGGGCAAGGCUUGUUUGUUGAGAACCGUCUGUGAGGUGUUCCAAGGACCCCAGCCAAACCAUGGAUUCUUCGGGGAGGUGUUGCAUAUGUUGCUGAACCCCAGUCGCGCCCCUUCAGAACAGCUGGGACUCCUGGAGGCAUACCUGGAGGCUGAGAAGGUAGGCCGCACCACCGGGGACUGCUCAGCCUACCACACAGCCUGCCCUAAGAGCCUUUACACCGAGCCAGACACGUAUGACGGGGAAUAUGACGAAGGUUACGAGGAUGAGGAAGAAGAAGAAGAAGAGACAUGUUCCCUACCCGGCACAAGGUACUAAGGAACAACAACGAUACCAAGGAUUGACUGCGCUCGGAAAAACACCUCCAUCUUUCGUCGAUCUCUUUACCAAUCACGGAAAGACUUAUAUAAUCCUCUUCUGCACCACUAAAUAAGCCUCAACACCUUACACGAACACUAUAACAGCGUGUGGUAACGUGUGUAGCAUCGAGGAGAGGCAGAGAAGAAAGAUAGAGGGAAAUGAUAAAGAGUAGGCUAUAGUUUCCUUCAUCCUUACAAAAUAACGAAAAAAAAAACUUGUAUCACUUUUUUAAACAUUUAGAACACUUCAUUAUCCUUCAUAUGUGGCAUUAAAAACCUUGAUAACAUGUGUAUUGUCAAGAAAAGGGGCAGAAAUGAGAUAGAGGUGUAAAAAAUGAGUUCUAGAGUUGCCAGACUAAACAUUUUGAAAGCCAGCUCUCUCUCUCUCUCUCUCUCUCUCUCUCUCUCUCUCUCUCUCUCUCUCUCUCUCUCUCUCUCUCUCUCUCUCUCUCUCUCUCUCUCUCUCUCUGCAGCUGUUUUCAAAGGCCACAGCGAUGACUUGCCAGGUUCUAGCCAGUGUUCCUGCUGUUGACAAUGAAGGAUUAUUGUUACUCUGUCACUAUACACUCAGAAACUCGCGUAACUUCAACUAUUUUGUAGAGGCUUUUGAAAGUAGUACAGGCGCAGUGUAGGGUUUCAAAAUAAAACUAGGACUUUUAAAACCCUCUCACUGCGACACUUGACAACUAGCACCACCAGAAGCAAUAUGUGAAGUCUUUACAAGCAUCCACAUGAAAAUUAGCGAUGUAAAAGACACGUUUUGCAUUUUUUUUCCACGUUAGAAUAUUGGGUUUGGCUGGGGAACAAUUAAGAGGUGUCUCAUUGAUUGGUAGUGAGGGAAAGCUGGCCCAGGUGGCUGGUAAAGGGUUAAUCACGUGCAAUAAAGAAUGUAAUAAAAAAUAAAGUAAGAUAAAGAAUAUGGAGGUGUAGAGAAACAAGGCGGCAUUAAUUUUACGUAUGAGUGUAUGUGUGUGUGUGUGUGUGUUCCUAAAAAUGUUAUUGUUAUGGUUAUGUUGUAUGUUAAUUUAUUGUUAAAAACAUUGUUGUUAAUACAUCCAUGACAAAAUUG